CGGGCAGGUAGUAAUUCAAGCUUCAUAAUUGAGAAUUCAAGUAUUCAUAAUAAACACUAAAAUCUUCAUCUGAAAAACUGGUUCCAAAUCAUGUACCCCGCCAGAUAGACCGCUCCAAGAACUAGAGCCCAGAGGCUCAGCCCAAAGAUCAUAAAGUACCGGAAAUAAUAGACACCAUCGUCAGGUUUGUUAUUGUGUGGAAAGGGCCGAUCUGGAAUCGGCACGUUUAAUGCUUUACACAACGGCCCCCAACCGUCGCGAACUUCAUACCAAAUAAGCUUCUCAGCAGGGACCCAUUCGCGGAUCAUGUCUUCAUGUCGUUGGAGGUCUGUUAGCGCCAGAUCCUUUGUUCCAAGUCGCCACAAGAAGACUUUCUGGAGGGCGAGGAAAUGCUUGCGGAAAUCACCAAAUACAGGGAUCCAGUACACAAUGAUGUGGACAUAGGUCGGUGUGGUCAUGGCCGUCAUACGCUGCAGACUGCGGUACCACGACGCUGAGUCGCGCGUAGUGGCAAUCACAACGGCGUCAGGGUAGACGCGUAGAAGCUCUGGUGUUAGCAUAUUGGCCGGGACGUCAACAGUGGCGCAGUAGCCAUCAAGAAGUUUGUGUAGCAGAGCAUCGACCUUCUUGUCAUCGGCGGAGGUUUUGGCAUUGGGCGCCAGCCGCAUCACCUCCAUCCAGUUUUGGCGAUGAUGCUUUGGCCCUCCAAUGGAUUCAACGCCAGCAUCAUGAACAGGCGCAUCAAGAAGAAUAGUAAGGGCUUCGGAAAACGAUUUCGUGCCAGUUCGGGACCUGUUUAUAAAUUGUGAGUUGGAUUCACUGAUAUACUGAGCAGAUCCACCGUCGGAGACAUACAUGCCGGCGCCGAUGACGCGAAACUUGGUGCCCGGCUUGGGCUGAGACGGACCCUGACCCAUUGUAACAGCGGAAUAAGGCAGGAAUGAAUAAGUGAUAGUGUAGGAUAUUUAGUACUUUUAUGAGCGGAUUCUCAUAGAGUGAUGAAUCAAGAAUGAGGUUGUGAAACUGUUCGGAUCGUCGGGCGGGGAAAAAGGAUAAAUUAUACAAGCCCAGCUGUCUUGAGAGCCUUAUCAAACAGCCUGAUGCGGCAUUUCUCAGUGGAAUAUCAGCGUUACUUUGAGCGGAAAAUAAAUGAUCCUUCAAUACUUACUCCUACAAGUCUUGCUUAACGCUUUAAACUUGUAGAUUUCAUAUUAUCAUGCGGUACAGAAAUUAAUAAAAGACUAACUGCAACAUAGUCUCCGUCCCGACAGACUAAAAUAUCGACCAAUCAACGGCGUCAUAGACAAACAAAACAAGUAAGAGAUAUGUGUGAAAAAUAUGUAUAGCAAAUAAUGCAAAAGAAACAAAAUGUGAAAUUAGUUGCAUUAAGUUAAUUAAGUAAAUGGUGCUUGUGGAGCGUAUGCAAGGUUUGACAACGCCUCGCAACUCGCUCCAACAAGCCUCAGUGAGUCACGCAUUCAGCUUUGUUUGAUUCACACAAAAAUUAUUAUUAACAAUUAGUCAAUGCUAUAUUUCCAGAGGCCAAUCACACAGGAAAGCACAAAGUAUAUAUUACGGCCUUGGCCUAGUGUAAUUUCUAUAGUUUCCUCUUGUUGUUUAGUAAAACAAGAUGACAACACAGCUAGUAUAUCGCACCGCAGUACCAGAGGAUCUACCCUCCAUUGCGCAGCACAUCUGUGACUCGCCAGAUGAUGGUACCAUAUGGCAGCGACCUACAACAAUUGGAGAUUCUCGAUGGCUGUAUUGCGUGAUGCUAGACUGGAUGGCAUCAUGCUUCUUGGAUCCCGGCAAGAUGAUUCGUGUUGCGGUGGUCCCUGUUACAGUGGAAGCAGCCGCAGCAGGGGCUCGUGAUGAAGUUAUUGGCGUGGCCAUCUGGAUACAACGAAUUCUGAAAGAUGGAAAUAUUGUCGUACGCCAAUGGAGACCCCAAGAGGACAAGCUUGUUGUCACUGCCAUACUCGAAGAAGCGAAGCAAUUGUUUCACGCGAAACACCCUAACCCUCCUGAACCGCCGAGCAUUACAUCCCAUGUGGAAGCAUUGGCUCGGUCGCGCAAAGCUAUGCCGCCGUCAUUAUCUACCUCGAGCCCAUCUCUGCAUCUGUAUGGCAUUGGUGUUUCUCCGUCUCAUCGUCGCCAAGGCGUCGCCCGCACACUCAUUCGCUGGGGCCAAGACCACAACGAGAUUAUGUAUGUGACUGGCGAAUCGGGAGGACUCAAUCUCUACCGUGCCUGUGGCUUCUCCAUAAUUCGUGAUACUCAGAUCUGGCUUGAUAUCUUCGGCAAGGAGAUUUCAGCAGAAGCGGUAGAGAAGGGCGAUGAGGGGUGGAAGCGAGACAAGGGAGGUUGCUCGAUGGCCGAGGCAGUAUGGGUUCCGGAGGGAAAGGAAGUGGAAAUUCGGGGUACGGUGUAUACUGCAAGUGGAUAGAUAGAGGCAUGUCCAUGUUCACACAGCCACUGGCACUAGUCCUCAAAUGGACUAUUUUACGAUUUUGAUUCCAAAGUGAACCGCUUCAUAGUUGGCUUCGUCCUAUCGACUUUUACGACUGAUUUAGACGGCGCCAAUGGCCGAUGUAGCUAAUAAAUCGUAGUAAUUGGU